AGGGUCCUCAGUCAGGGGGAGGGUCUUGCACGCUGAUAAACAGAGGCUGAGCUGCUCCAUGCAGUGAUAGUGCCUGACUGCUGAGCGGAACAAAGAGACUGCUGCACCAGGAGAGGCGGCCAGAGCAGAGGAGGAAGGUCAACUAAAAGGAGAGCUUGGACGGCAUGCAAAGUUGUGACAUAUCUUCAGACAGCACUGAUGAUCCUCUUAGUAGUGGCCCACGGAGAACCCGACAGCCGCGAAUACUGAUUAUUGGGGCGGGCCUUUCAGGCCUCUCUGCUGCAAAAUUUCUCCUCUCGAAAGGAUUCUCGGAUGUUACGAUCCUUGAGGCAUCUGAUCGAAUUGGAGGCAGAGUUCAAAGUUUACAGCUUGAACACGCUACAUUUGAACUGGGAGCUACCUGGAUCCAUGGCUCAAAUGGCAACCCGAUUUAUCAUCUAGCAGAAGACAAUGGCCUACUGGAGGAAACCACAGAUGGAGAGAGAAGUGUCGGUCGCAUCAGUCUUUACUCCAAGAAUGGAGUGGCUCACUACCUCACCAGCAGCGGACAGAGGAUCCCAAAAGAUGUUGUUGAAGAAUUCAGUGAUGUUUAUAACCAGGUCUAUAACCUGACUCAGGAGUUCUUUCAGAAUGGAAAACCAGUCAAUGCAGAAAGUAAAAACAGCGUUGGUGUUUUUACCCGUGAUGUGGUACGAAAACACAUCAAAGAUGAUCCUGACGAUUCGGAGACCACGAAGAGGCUGAAGCUGGCAAUGAUUCAGCAAUACUUAAAGGUGGAAAGUUGCGAGAGUAGUUCACACAGUAUGGAUGAAGUCUCCCUCAGUGAAUUUGGGGAAUGGACUGAGAUCCCUGGUGCCCAUCACGUAAUUCCUUGUGGCUUCAUUAAGAUUAUAGAGUUGUUAUCCGCCUCCAUCCCGCCAUCAGUCAUCCAACUGCGCAAGCCGAUCAAGUGCAUCCACUGGAACAGGUCCAUCCGUAAGCAGAUAGAAGGAAUGGCUGACCACAACAGUGACCAGGUGGACAAGGGUUAUCCUGUGUUUGUGGAGUGCGAAGACUACGAGUUCAUCCCGGCGGAUCACGUGAUUGUGACGGUUUCUCUGGGUGUCCUUAAAAAACACCACGAGACUUUAUUUCAUCCUAGCCUUCCCGAAGACAAAGUUAUGGCUAUUGAAAAACUAGGGAUCAGCACCACUGACAAAAUCUUUUUGGAAUUCGAAGAACCGUUCUGGAGUCCUGAAUGCAACAGCAUCCAGUUUGUUUGGGAAGAUGAUGCGGAAUGCGAGAGCUUAACCUAUCCUGAGGAGAUGUGGUAUAAAAAGAUCUGCAGCUUCGAUGUGCUUUAUCCGCCAGAGAGGUACGGCUAUGUACUGAGUGGGUGGAUCUGUGGCGAGGAAGCCUUGAUCAUGGAAAAGUGCGAUGACGAGACUGUUGCCGAAAUCUGCACCGAGCUGCUGCGUAAAUUCACAGGGAAUCCAAACAUUCCAAAACCUCGGCGUAUCCUGAGGUCCUCCUGGGGCAGUAACCCGUACGUCCUCGGAUCUUAUUCCUAUACUCAAGUUGGCUCCAGUGGAGCAGAUGUUGAGAAACUUAUGAAACCACUGCCUUAUACCGAGAGCUCAAAAACUGCGCCCUUGCAGGUGAUGUUCUCCGGUGAGGCCACUCACAGAAAGUAUUAUUCCACAACCCAUGGUGCUUUGCUGUCUGGCCAGAGGGAAGCGAUCCACCUUGCCGAUAUGUACCAAGACUUCUUACAAUGCAACAACUGAGAGUCUCUAUUCUACAACCACUGACCCUCAGCCCAUGACUACCAGUGUGUGUCCAUCUUUUAUUUUUUAACCUUUAAAAGUAGAACCAUUUUUAUCCUUUUUAAGAAAAAAAAAAUUCUAAAUAUUUAAGUGAAAAACUAAAGAGAGAAAAAAAAAAAUGACGAGUCUGUAGCAAAUUCAUGUAAUGUAUUGUUAAUGGGGAAGGGUGCGACUCUGCCCUAGUCAUUGUUUUCGUGUCCUUUUACAUCUUGCACACCUGGUGCCUUUUUUUUUAUUUUGGAUUUUUUUUUGUUUUCUUUUCUGUAUUGUAAGUGCCUUCUACUAACAAAUACUACAAAAAUCAAUAAAAGUUCAUCAGGUCAGAAGGAUCUUCUGCCUUUUUAAAGAAAGCACAAAAU